AUUAGUAUUUUUUCCAACUCAUUUGUUUCAGCAGAUUGUCACUUCGUCUUAACAGCCGACAGCGGAACAAUUCACACUCCAAAUUUCCCAGACAAACACCCCAACGAUAUCACAUGCAUCUGGAACAUAAAAGUUCAACCUGGACACUUCAUUUUACUUUCCUUUCACGUCUUUGAUCUGGAAAGUUAUAGAGGAAAAUGCAUUGAUCUUGUGGAGGUUAAGGAUGGAGGUAGACAAACAGACGAACUUCUCGGUGAGUAUGCAGGUUAUACGCUGGGGCAGGUCUCUCUUGACUGCAGCAAUUAUCGGACAGCACCAAGCAGCUAGCGCUAGGAGUAAUUAAGAAUACGUAUCGGCGUAUCACUCCCCCCCGGGGUAUCACUAUGGUACAUGUACAGUUAAAGGUGAGAAAUUUAUAUGUUUCGGACCAACACAAAUGUCCUUCACUCAAUCUCGCAAAAACACUUUCUAUAUUUUGUUUGUUUUUGCAUGAAAACUAUUUUUCAGCAAAAACCGCAGCCCCUUAUGGCGCGUUGAUUUUGGUUACAAUUUUGAUCAAUAACGUAGUAAAAACGCAAAACAGACACCACAUAACAGCUGAUGAUUAUCCCCAAAUCUGUGUUUUUUAAGAGUAUUGCUAUCGUCUUAACUGUUUCGAUUUUCAUUGUUAUAUUAAAGGUAAGAUUCGUGUCUUUAUUACAUGCAGGUGCUUUCUGUAACAUUAAUCAGCCGCCAAACGUUAUCACAUCCAGUAAAAAUGAAUUGAGGCUUUGGUUUUAUUCUGACAAGACUGACGCUUACCAGGGAUUCAAUGCUUCAUACACAAGCCAAUGGGAGCAAGGUACUAGCGACCAAAAUCGUGAUAUGAAAAGAAUACAGGAAUUUGCAAACCCUAGAAGAAAUGUUUUCCUACAAGUGACCGAUGUGGUUUACCCGGCCUGAAGUGAUAAACUAGCUGAUAAACAGACAGAAACCCGAAAUUCGCAGAGAAUUUCUUCAACUUUAGUUGAGCUGACAGCAGCGUACUGAGCAGUAAAAGCAAUUACAAAUUAACCAGAAAAAAAUUUUAGGUUUUAAUAGGAUGCAAAAAUACGGGGAGUCAAUUUGUAUGUUGGUUGAAAUAAUUGAAAGUCACCUUCCAUUACCAAGUCUCCUUUGCUUUAUUAACAGGUUGUGGAGAUUUUUUGUCAAAAAGUUCUGGAAUGAUUUCAUCCCCUCGAUUUCCCGAUUAUCCAUAUCCAAACUCCAUACAGUGUGACUGGACCAUUAUUGUACCACGUGGUAAAUUCAUUCGUCUCGCUUUUUCUACGUUUGAGGUGGAAUUUGAUUGCAACGACAAAUGUUGGUGUGUAGAUCGCUUGGAAUUAUGGGAUGGACCCGAAUUCAAUGAGACCAAGAUAGGGAGGUAAUAAACGAGCUUGUUCCCAGAGUCCUCUAACCCUACCCCUUAUGGGUUACUUGGCAGAUUGUUCGAAAUGAACAAGUCCCCACCCCGCCAAGUUAAAAUAACAUGAAGUUAUUGUAACUGAUCAAUAGAGAAUCGUCCUUUAAACAACCACGCAGCAUGACACAGAACCGACAAUAGAUAAUAAUAAUACUACUAAUAAUAAUGAUAAUAAUAAUAAUAAUAAUUAAAACUUGUAUAACGCUCAUCCAAUCCUGCUCUAGGCGCUUUUCACAAUGACAUUCCAAACAUUCGCCCUCUUCCCUGAUUCUCUCCCAUAAUAAUAAAGCAGCUCUCCAUGGCUGCUACUGUCGAGAUGAUAAAGUGGCUACGCAGCAUGCGUUAAGGUGGAUUUCUACUAUCGCGUAAGUUUUUCUUGCAGACACACGUAACUUUUACGAGCGUAAAAAUAGAGGCAAUGUAUGAAAGGUCGUGCGUAAACGUAAGAGUUGCACCUCGCUCAACUUUCACGUUUACUAUUUACGCACGUAAAAUUUACGUGGGUACGCACGACAAAGUUAUACCCAAAAGUGGAAAUCCACUCAAAGUUACUGCGGUUCACACGUAGGUUUUAUCGAUUAAUGAGAGCCUUUUAUUUUCCUCUUCAGUUUAUGUAGGUCUGCUUUUCCACUGAUUAUGUCAAAAACCAACCGGGUAAGACUGAGGUUUAUAACAAACGCAGAAGGACGCUUUAAAGGUUUCUCGCUGUCAUUCACCACCUCUAUCACUCCAGGUGGGUGAAAAAAAAAUUUUUGUAUUAUAUUUACUAUACUGUAGAAUUCUUGCACUCAAAAUGUACUAGGUACUAUAUGUAUAUAUAUAUGUAUCUUAAGAUUAUUGGUGUAAGCAAUUACCUAAACAAAGCGGGCACUUGUCUCUGAUCCAAGAGUGUCCGUCUCAGGCCGCCUUGACAUGAAUCCCAUCAUGUACAUUUGCGUUUUUCGUCAACCUACACGAAAACGAUAAACAGGUGGAUUAAAAAACGACACUUUGGGGAUCGUUAUCGUAUAAACCUGCGUUUUUUAUCCCUGAAAAAAAGCCGUUUAUGUGAGAAUAGAGGAGAGAAUAAAAGCAGAGACAACCAUCUCCGUUUUCAAACAUUUUACAUGAAUAUCCAGAUGCGUACGUGCGGGGCCUCAGUGUUUGAAGUAAUAACCCUGGAUUAGAGUGUCCGUAAAGUAUAUAUCAUCCAAGUAUCUUUGAGGAAUUUGACUGAAUCCGCUUAUAUAUAUUAGGUUUCGGAGGUUUAAAAGAACGGUCAUCUGAUUUGUUUCAAGAACCAUUUAUGUUUGUAUUUUCAGAUUGUGGUGGCGAUAUUUCAGGAUUGAGUGGAAUAAUUACAUCUCCUAAUUAUCCCGAGUCAUUCCCCGCGUUUACUGAUUGCAUCUGGCGUAUUAAAGUGCCAGCUGACCGGUACAUAUCAUUUAGAUUUGAGGAAUUCAAAGCCAUCGAUGGAACCAACCCUGAAUGUUCAGCUGACUCUGUUGAA